UGCCUGGAGCCGCACCCAGGAGUGGGGGCAAAAGGCCGCAGCUGAGUAGGGCCACAGAUCAGGCUUGGUUUCUGCCGGCAGCGGCCCCCACUCCUCCAGACACCAUGAGUGGCCGAGUUGGAGACCUGAGCCCCAAGCAGGCGGAGACCCUGGCCAAGUUCCGAGAAAAUGUGCAGGACGUGUUGCCCACCCUACCCAAUCCUGAUGACUAUUUCCUUCUGCGCUGGCUCCGAGCUCGGAAUUUCGACCUGCAGAAAUCAGAGGCCAUGCUCCGCAAGUACAUGGAGUUCCGGAAGUCCAUGGACAUUGACCACAUCCUUGAUUGGCAGCCCCCAGAGGUGAUCCAGAAGUACAUGCCCGGAGGCCUGUGUGGCUAUGACCGGGACGGCUGCCCGGUGUGGUACGACAUCAUUGGGCCACUUGACCCAAAGGGCCUGCUCUUCUCCGUCACCAAGCAGGACCUGCUUAAGACCAAGAUGAGGGACUGUGAGCGCAUCCUGCAUGAGUGUGACUUGCAGACGGAACGGCUGGGGAAGAAGAUUGAGACCAUUGUGAUGAUAUUUGACUGUGAGGGCCUGGGACUGAAACACUUCUGGAAACCUCUAGUGGAAGUGUACCAAGAGUUCUUUGGCCUCCUUGAAGAGAAUUACCCAGAGACCCUGAAGUUCAUGCUCAUUGUGAAAGCCACCAAACUGUUCCCUGUAGGCUACAACCUCAUGAAGCCCUUCCUGAGUGAAGGCACUCGCAGAAAAAUUAUAGUAUUGGGAAGCAACUGGAAGGAAGGUUUGCUGAAACUCAUCAGUCCCGAGGAACUGCCUGCUCAGUUUGGGGGGACUCUGACUGACCCAGAUGGGAACCCCAAAUGUUUAACUAAGAUCAACUAUGGUGGGGAGAUCCCCAAGUCCAUGUAUGUGCGGGACCAAGUGAAGACUCAGUAUGAGCACUCGGUGCAGAUCAAUCGUGGCUCCUCACACCAGGUGGAAUAUGAAAUUCUGUUCCCAGGCUGUGUCCUCAGGUGGCAGUUCUUCUCUGAUGGUGCAGACAUUGGCUUUGGGGUUUUCCUGAAGACCAAGAUGGGGGAGCGGCAGCGAGCUGGGGAAAUGACAGAAGUACUCCCCAGCCAGCGUUACAAUGCCCACGUGGUGCCUGAGGAUGGGAGCCUCACCUGCUCAGAAGCUGGUGUCUAUGUCCUGCGAUUUGACAACACCUAUAGCUUUGUCCACGCCAAGAAGGUCAGCUUCACUGUGGAGGUGCUGCUCCCAGACGAGGGCAUGCAAAAGUAUGACAAGGAACUCACCCCUUUAUAGGCAGCUCGCUCACUUCUCUGAGACCCCUGACCCUCUCCUUUCUCUAUCAAUAUCCUACCACCCUCUGUUCCCUCAGAAAUUGAUCAUUAAUCCUCUGGACUCUGUGAGAUUAGUGAGUAGAGAAAGAGCUGCCUUGGGGAAGACUUAUGUGCUGUGGUUAGAUCAGGAGAGGUAUGAGAGGCACAGUUUGGAGGAUGCCAAGAUUGCACAAGAGGCAGAAGCAAGGUGAAAGCAAGAGGUGAUGUCAUUGAAACCCAAGAAACCAGAAAAUGAAUCCUUAGCUUUUGUCCUCACUUCUCCUAAGGCAUUUGUGUGUGUUCAAAUUUCUUCCCUAUGAGCUAUGAGUCACUUGGGUUACAGAUAUAUCUAAAUUCCUUUUACUUCUACUCCUUAUAUAGUAGGUGCUCAAUGUAUACUUGUGAAAUUGAAUGAAGGUAGUGAGCAGGUAAUUCACCAGUAUGCAGGACAAUAAGGAGCUUACCCAGAGCAGAUUUCAGCACCGUGGACAGAGACCAGGCUGUGGAAGGGGUAGACUCUCCUGGAGACCCAGGUGAUCCAGCCCCCUGGUUUCUGGGAGUGGCUGCCCCCUCAGGUAGGUAGGAGAUGCCUACAUAAGGCUUUGUCUGAUUCAGGGCACACAGCUUUCCCAACCCAUCACUCCCACCCUCACCCCCUUCCUUGGAACUCACAGCUUAUAUUUUAAGCAAUUAAAGAAGCUUUACUGAAAGCAAAGGAGGUCCUAUCUGGCUCAGGCUGUAGCCUGGUGAUAAUAAUUUAAAAGUCUCAGCUAUCAUCUGGUGAGUGCUUUCUUGCAUACCCCACAUGGUGCCAAGUGCUUUAUGAGUUUUGCUCAUUUCACUCUCAAACCUUCCCUGGGGGCCGCUUAUCAUGGUCAUCUUAUGGAUAAGAAAACUAAGGCUUAGAGAGGUGACCCCCAACAUCAUAUAGCUCUUAAGUGGCAGAUUCAAGACCUAAGGUUUGUUUUUUCUUUACUCCAAAGACAUUGCUUUUAAUUGUCUAUAAUACCACUUCCUAAGACCCUACUUUCACAAAGAAGGAGAGAAGGAAUGACUUGUUUGUCCUAGAUCUUCCAGCAGAAGUGUCCUGGGUGUCACCCUCUCCAAUCUCAGUUUGUGGGCAAAGUAUGUGUUAUGCCCACUGGUCAGCUGGGGCAAUGGAGACCCCAGUGCUCAACUGCAUGAUGUUUGUCCAAGGAAACUCACAACAAAAUGGACUAGGGUUUUGCUUCUAAGCCUAACACCCUGUCCAUUCACAUGGCCUCUGAGAAGCAUGACCCCCUGACACCCACCAUGGCUUUGGGUGACUGAGGGAGAAGUUGGGUCUCCAAGACAUUCCUGUUCCAAGCCAGGGACACAGAGACACUGGCUUGAAACCUAGGACCUCUUACCAGAAGGUACCAAAUUACACAGAGAACGUGGGUAGGUAGAAACCAAAGGGCUGGCUGGUCCUUGGGAACAAGCUGCCCAGAACCAAGGCUACUGGAGUGAGCCAGAGUGGAAGGCCUGACUCCAAAACCAAUCAAGCAAAUGUUCAGCAAUGGCUAGCACUUUCCAUCCGCACUUAUGGGUGCAGGAUUUUAUCUCCAUUUUAUAGAUUGGAAACUGAGCUCCCAAAAGACACUGGCCUGGUUUCCUUUGGCCUAUGGGUAGCAAAAAUGACACUUAAGGCCACCCUCCCUCACCUACUCACUCCCACCAAAUUCACAUUACUGUAGCAAUUUUCCAGAAUAAGACAAGACUGCUGACUCUCAGAGUUGGGGAAGGUGAGGGAGGAAGGAGAGGAAAAGGAAGAGAGCAUUGUCAGAUUUUUUUGGGGGGGAAAGCAAUAUAUGGAACAUACUUAAAAUUGUUUAUCUGAAAUUAAAACUUAAUGGGGCAUCCUGUAUUUUAUCUGGCCACCGUACAAAUGAGGGAGAGGGAGAGGGAAGGGAGAAACAGGGCAGAAAGGAAAGAGGGGCAUGGGGUCAUUCUCUUGGAAGACUGUGGUAGCACCAGCAAUGCGGGUCAAGGGGUUCCUGGGAGUGGUUGGCCCAGAGUUGAUGGGGUGCAGCACCACCAGAUGCCCUCAUUUGCCUGAUCUCCUCUACUGCCGAUCAGAGACCUCACUCUGAGCAGAAGGGUACUUGCUACCCGGAGGCAGGGGCAGCCCCUGGAGCCUAGGCCAGGGCUGAAGCCAAGAACCAAAAAGCGCCCCUCAGCAUCUGCUGACGCCCAGCCACGGCAAACCAGCUCCUACUCUAUUUCCACCAUCAGUGGGAAAUAGCCCUCCCGGGCUCCCAGCCUCACUCAGGGGCCACUUAGUUCCAGUUCUCAAAGUCCAGGAGGUGGUGAAGGGGGGAGGGGGAAAGGCCCUACUUUGUCACCGUGGCUAACGGGCACCCCAUUCCAGCAGUGGUCAGCAAGCAGUGUAGGGUCAGGAAGACCGAGGCCCGCAUGCUCCCUACCGUGUGUGAAGGGCAAUUACAUUUCUGUGCCAACGGCCCAGAAGUGACCAGGAAGGAAAGGUCUCGGCUGCCCUUGGUGGCUGCAGGCUAUUUCCCAUAAGACAGAUCAAAUUUGGCAGUCUGGGCAAACUCCAUGCAGACUCCAUGCAGACUCCAGGCCAGGGCAACCCAUGGGCAGAGAACAAGCCAACUGGUGCUAAACAGGCACCCUCCCCAGAGAGCCCACUUCACAUCAUGCAGUUAAGAGGUCAUAUUUAUCCCCCAACACACAUGAGUGCCAGGGAGAGUUAAGGCAAGACCAGAGCACUAGAGAAAUAGAAAUCUUUAUUGUGCGUAAAUAAAAGGGUGGUUUAGUUGUCUUCCGAAGGGCCUGCUGCCUCCCAGCUUUCCUUGAUGGGUAGACUGGGACAUCAUAUCAAUCUCCUCUUCAGAAGAGGGUCUCUCCAUUGCCCCAGCCACUGACUCCAUCUCCUGGGUGUCCUGAUCAGACAGGCCGCCCCCGCCCCCAGCAUGCUCCCCAGCCAGCCAAGGGGGCAGUGCAGCUGGAAGACCUUGCCCACCUUCUUCAGGGUCAGCAGCGGAGUGAUCCCACUGAAUGCCAACACCAACGCCACCAAGUCCUUCAGCGUCUUGCAAGAGGCUGGGAGGGAUGGGGCGAGGGAGUGGCUCAGGACUGCCCAGAGGUGUGGGACAGGCCAUGCAGGACAGCUGGAGCGGACCUUGAGCCCAGAGUUCUUCAAAGUAGGAAAAGAAAAACCAGGAAUAUGUGGGGAAGCAGGGUGUUGCUGGGGAUAGGACAGGGCAGUGAGGUCAGGACUGAAGGCAAGUGUCCAUGAACCUGGAUGGUGGAGGGGGUGACCAGACCUUUUCGGGCCUAGGCUGCCUCCCAGCCCUGCACCUCCAUUUAAACCAUGAUGUCGGCAGCUUCUUGAACUUCAGUGGCCCCACAACCACCAUAUGGGUGUUUCCUUCACCUGGGAACUCUGGAGAGGGGAAGCUGUUAGUCCUGGCAUCUUCCUCCCCUCCCAGCCCCUGGCAGAGGCUCCGAGCCAGCUAACUCCUAAGUAGGUGUGUGUUCAACUGCUAAAUGGGGGCAGGGGGCAGUGAAGUGUCACCUAACAGGAAUUAAGAGAAAAUAACUGAACAACACAAAUAGCCAUCCCCAAGGUACUGAUUCAAUGCUAAUACUUCCAUCCCGUGGAUAUACAUCAUAAAUGUCAAAGAGGGGGCGCCUGGGUGGCUCAGUUGGUUAAGCGCCUGCCUUUGGCUCGGGUCAUGAUCCUGGAGUCCCGGGAUCGAGUCCCGCAUCGGGCUCCCUGCUCUGCAGGGAGUCUGCUCCUCCCUCUGACCCUCCCCCAUCUCAUGUGCUCUCUCUCUCAUUCUCUCUCAAAUAAAUAAAUAAAAUCUUUAAAAAAUAAAUAAAUAAAUGUCAAAGAGGUAUCUGACCGACAGAGCUGUCUGUAGAGUAUUCUAGAAGGUUAUAGAAUACCAUAAAAACUGGACCAUUAUAUUCAUGUGUACAUACAACAAAACCUGCCUGGAUAUGGUUACAGUAAGAUGUUCAUUAACGAUGGUUUGUGUUGUAGGAUUAGAUCUUUUUUGAAG